UGCCCCCAGGGUGUGGGGACCUGCCGAGGCUGGGGAGAGCCAGACCUGGGGAUCACUGCGCAACUUUACGUGGCCUUUCAAAGAAACAGAAGCUGUCGUCUGCUGUGUGAUACCUUUCCUGAUCUCUCCUCUCACUCAGAGCCUUGAGUGUCUUUAUUUACCUUUAUCCUUUCUGUGGAAGAUGGUGUCACAUACAUCAGAUACAGAUACAGGUGCAGGUGCAGAUAAAGGUGCAGAAACAGAUACAGGCAUAAAUACAGGUAUAAAUACAGAUACAGGUGAAGGUACAGAUACAAGUGUAGGUACAGAUACAAGUGUAGGUAAAGAUACAGGUGCAGGUACACAUACAGGUGUAGGUACAGUUACAGGUGUAGAAAUAGGUAUAAGUACAGGUUCAGAUACAGGUAUAGGUACAUAUACAGGCAUAGAUACUGGUAUAAGUACAGAUACAAGUGUAUGUACAGAUACAGGUAUAGGUACAGAUAUAGGCAUAGAUACAGGUAUAAGUACAGGUAUGAGUACAGAUACAGGUGCAGGUACAGAUACAGGUAUAAGUACAGGUAUGAGUACAGAUAUAGGUGCAGGUACAGAUACAGGUGUAGAUACAGGUAUAAGUACAGAUACUGGUGCAAGUACAGAUACAGGUAUGGGUACAGAUACAAUUGUAGGUACAGAUACAAGUAUAGAUACAGAUACAGGUGCAGAUAAAAGUGCAGGUACAGAUACAAGCAUAGAUACAGGUAUAAAUACAGAUACAGGUGAAGGCACAGAUACAAGUGUAGGUACAGAUACAGGUGCAGGUACAGAUACAGGUGUAGAAAUAGGUAUAAGUACAGGUACAGAUACAGGUGCAGGUACAGAUACAGGUGUAGGCAUAGAUACAGGCAUAGGUACAGAUACAGGUGUAAAAAUAGGUAUAAGUACAGGUGCAGAUACAAAUACAGGUGUACUUACAGAUACAGGUGCAGUUACAGAUACAGGCAUAGAUACAGGUAUAAAUACAGAUACAGGUGAAGGUACAGAUACAGGUGUAGGUACAGAUACAGGUAUAGAAAUAGGUAUAAGUACAGGUGCAGAUAUAGGUAUAAGUAUAGAUAACAGGUGUAGAUACUGGUAUAGGUACAGGUGCAGGUACAGAUACAGAUAUAAGUGCAGAUAUAGGCAUAGAUACAGGCAUAAGUACAGAUACAGGCAUAGAAACAGGUCCAGGUGUAGAUACUGGUAUAAGUACAGAUACAGGUGCAGGUACAGAUACAAGUAUAGGUGCAGAUAUAGGCAUAGAUACAGGUAUAAGUACAGAUAUAGGCAUAGGUACAGGUACAGAUACAGGUAUAGGUUCAGAUACAGGUAUAAUUACAGGUAUGAGUACAGAUACAGGUGCAGGUACAGAUACAGGCGUAGAUACAGGUGGAGGUACAGAUAUAGGCAUAGGUUCAGGUAUAAAUACAGAUACAGAUGGAGGUACAGAUUCAGGCAUAAAUACACGUAUAAGUACAGAUACAGACAUAGAUACAGGUGCAGGUACAGAUACUGGUGCAAGUACAGAUACAGGUAUGGGUACAGAUACAUUUGUAGGUACAGAUACAGGUAUGGGUACAGAUACAUUUGUAGGUACAGAUACAGGUAUAGGUACAGAUAUAUAGAUACAGGUAUAAGUACAGAUACAGGUAAGGUAUAGAUGCAGGUAUAAGUACAAAUACUGGUGCAAGUACAGAUACAGGUAUAGGUACAGAUACAAUUGUAGGUACAGAUAUGCAUAUAGGUACAAAUACAGGUACAGGUACAGAUACAGGUGUAGAAACAGGUAUAAGUAUAGAUACUGGUACAAGUACAGGUAUAAGUACUGAUACAUGUGCAGGUACAGGUAUAAGUACUGAUUCAGGCAUAGGUUAGGUACAGAUACAGAUGCAAAUACAAGUGUAGAUAUAGUACAGAUACAGGUAUAGGUACAGAUACAGGAGUAGAUACAGGUAUAGGUGUAGACAUAGUCAGAAGUACAAAUACAAAUAUAGGUACAGAUAUAGGAAUAAAAAUAUAUAUACAUUUUUCCCAUUAGACAAUAAACAGCUACAUGAAGGUAAAGACUAUAUUUCAUUCGGCCAGAGGCUGAGGCAGGAGGAUCACAAGUUCAAAGCCAGCUUCAGCAAUUUAGCAAGACCCUAAGCAACUUAGUGAAACCCUGUCUCAAAAUAAAAAAUAAAAAAGGCUAGAGAUACAAAAAAAAAAAGAAAAAU